AUGUACCGCUCCACCUCGCCGCCGGCGCCGCCGCGAGACGGCGUCCAGUGGGCCAACGCCGCCUCCUCGGCGGCCCUGCGCCGCUACUCCUCCCUCCCCAAGAAGGGCAAGCCGCAGGGGCGCGAGUCCACGGUGCUCGCCGCUUUCCUGCUCUCCUCCCCGCAGGACCCGCUCGGCCCUGAGGUCCUGUCCCUCGCCACCGGCACCAAGUGCCUCGGCGCGUCCCGCCUGGGCCCCCGCGGAGACCUCGUCCACGACGCCCACGCCGAGGUCGUCGCCCGCCGCGCGCUCCUCCGCCUCCUAUACGCCGAGAUCGGCGCCGACAGCCCUCCGAGCUGGCUGGUUCCGUCCGGUUCCGGUGGGCGGUGGAGGCUGAGGGACGGAUAUCAGCUGCACCUCUACGUCACCCUGCUCCCCUGUGGGGUCAUGCCAGUGCCGCCGUCACCCUCAGAGGUUCCAAGGUUACAGCCGGACAUUGUGGUGAAUGGAUACGGUGGUAUGCUUCUUUCUUAUCCUUGGUGUUCAGCAUAG